CCGAGUCUGCGCAGUACAGAUAACAGCCCCAGAUAAAUGUUGUAUUUUGUUUCACUUUGAGGUUGUUUAGCAGGUGGUGUGUGUUGUCUUUAAUCUUACGCAUAAGGACUAUAUUCUGCACUGACGUGAGGUUUGUCGGUGACGGUCAUACAAACAUAUAUACUUGUAUCCCUAAGCCUGUUUGACGGUAUUUCCUUGUUGAAAACCAUGGCUGAUUCGGCGGCAUCACAGGACCAGAAAUUCUGUUUACAGGAGGUGCUCGACACGUUCAAGCUCUGUCUGUCGGAAAAGAAGGAAGUUAACCUGCAACACUAUGUCGAUGGCUGGCGUGGGCUUGUCAAGCUUCUGAACAGCUUAGGCAACGUCUUUGGCUUCAUUUCCAAGGAUGCUGUCGGCAAGAUCCAGAUUCUGGUCAACCACCUGAGUGGGGAGAACGGGUCUCAGUACGUCACUGUCCAGUCGAUGGUAAAAUAUGAGAUGGACAAUGGACUAGUGGACCUGACCAAGAGAGGCAGCCACCCCGAGUCGGGCUGCCGUACUCUGCUGAGGCUCCACCGUGCGCUGAGGUGGCUGGAUCUUUUCCUGGAGAGACUCCGCACCAGCACUGAGGACGACAAGACGUCCGUCAUGUGCGCAGAGGCGUACAAUGAGUCUCUUGCCCGGCACCACCCAUGGGUGGUCCGGACAGCAGCGGGCGUGGCAUUCUGCGUGCUCCCUGGCCGUCCUGCUUUCUUUGAGGUGAUGAAUGUCGGCCCCCCAGAAAACGUUGUGGCCAUACUGGGAGAAGCACUACCUCUAAUCUCUGAGGUGUACCAAGUUACGGAGGAACUUUAUGCUCAAAAUAAUCUGCUGGAUAUACCAUAGAGAGCAAAAAAAGCUUUUAUUUGCCUCUUUCUAAAUUACAUGGUUGAAUAUCAACAUGUACCUGCUGACAGGCUGUUGAGCAAGCUGCUACUUCUGUAAAGAGAAUUUGAUAAAGGUUGUGUAUUAUCUAUACGGUGUUGGGCAGAAAUAAUGAAUCUUAAUGUCGCUGACAUUAGUAUAUACCUACUACAUUAUCAGGUUUUUAAUAUAAACCUGUUGUAAUAUUCCAUGUUUGUCUUUUCUCUGUGAAUCAUCUGUUUCAUUCAGUGUUUUAUUUGUAGGUUGAUUUGGUUUCAUUUAAACAGAUGAAGGGAAUAUAGGGGGAAUCACAUUGCUCUUUUUUUUUGCUGCCAACAGCCAUUUGUUUUUAUUGUUUAUUCAAACAAAAACAAAAAAACAAAACUGAUGUGUCUUUUUUGGGGGGAGGUCAUUUCAAAUACCAAGUUAUUUCUUUUCAUGUUCAUCAAAUUAAGACAUUUGCUACUUUUCUUGUACUGACAAUGUAAUCUGUGAUUCGAUUUGCACUGAUUUAAUACUGAACCAAUUAGGUGACAAAGAAAAUAAUUGUUGUUUGGUGCCCUGUUUGGAUCUGA